ACCAACCAAUCCCCUCCUCGCGAACUCAGUCCCCUCCGAUAUGUCCUCCUCCUUGCGACAGCUUGGCCGUGGCCAUCGCCGUCGCCGGCACCGCAUCGCCUCCGCCGGCACCGCAUCGCCUCCGCUCCCCAUCGCCCUACUUGUCCCCUUCUCCUCUUCCUCCGCGCCAUCCCCGUCCCCUUCUCCUCCUCUCCGCCAUAUCCAGAAGAUCUUGAUCUCCACGCGGUUGGAUCCGUGAAAAAAAUUGAAUUUUUUCGACCUUUUCCACAGAUCCCGUGGCAGCGACGCAAGAUCAGCUACCGGGAAAGCCGGCCUCGCCCUCGCCGCCGAAAGAUCUCGCCGGCCCCGACCUCGCCAUGGCGCUCACGCGGCGUCGCCCUCAGGUUAGCUGCCGCGAUCCAUCUCUGCUACUCCAUCACCGCCGCCGCCGCCGCUAGCUCGCCCGCUCCUCCGCAGUCUUCGCAAAGAUGGCGGUGCCGCUGCUGACGACCAAGAUCGUGAAGAAGAGGACCAAGCACUUCAAGAGGGCGCACAGCGACCGCUACAUCGGCCUCAAGGGUGGUGGACUCGACAAGCUCACAUUGGAUAGCUUGUAUGGCGAUGGAGCCUACAGGCAGAUGCAGAAACAGAAACAGCUGCCAUAUGGUUCAGCACCUCACAAUCCCUUCAUGGUGCUCUGCAGUCGGUGAGAGAUUGAAUGGACCGAAAGAAGCAUAGAUUUAGAAUGUUCAUAUCAGGACUAUUAGGUGGUUGUUGCAGUAACACAAUGUUCAGGUCUUUUCCAGAUGGCUGCCCAACACCUCCUGCAUCAUUGACUACAUGGCCGUUAUCUUCUUCGAGUACUUCCACUUCAACCAUGAUGGAACUGCAUGACAAGAAGAACAGAUAAGUACUGAUGAUGAUGCUUGUGCAAAUCUGAUGAUGAUGCAUGUGCUUGCUUAUCGGUACUUGGUUAAUACUCCAUCGCCGCAAUUCAGGAGUACAAUGUGCCAUCUCCCGGUUCCUCACGCCCAUCUCCGGUGAGCUUUUGCGGUGGGGACUAAUCUUCUCGUGUGAUUCGCAGUGGUCUGCCCAGCCAACGCCUCUCCGGCUGUUGCAGAACAACGCGAUUUCUGGCACUAUUCCUGCCACCAUAGGCAGGCUGGGGAUGCUAAAGACACUUGACAUGUCAGACAAUCAUCUUACUGGGAGCAUCCCGAGUUCAGUUGGGGAUCUCAAGAACCUCAACUAUCUGAAACUGAACAACAACAGCUUAUCUGGAGCUUUCUGCAAGAACUUUCAGAAUAUAACCUUGAUGAGCUGCCACUGCCGGAUGAAGAUGAGCUGCCGCUGCCGGAUGAAGAUGAGCUGCCGCUGCCGGAUGAAGAUGAGCUGCCGCUGCCGGAUGAAGAAGAGCUGGCGCUGCCGGAUGAAGACGACCUGCCGCUGCCGGAUGAAGACGACCUGCUGCCGCCGGAUGAAGGAGCGUGGCGAACUGGAGGCUGGCGAGCUUGAAUAAGGGUGUCGACGAGGAGGAGGCGGAGGCGGGUGGCGGAGCUGUCGCUCCGGCAGCUGUCGAGCAGGAGGGGCCCGAGAAGAAGCAGGUGGAGGAGGCUGUCGAGCAGAGGGAGGGUCGAGGAGAAGCGAGC